UAAUCAGCUGAUCAUCAAAACAUGACCCGAGGCUACUUGUGUGGCCACUCAAAGCUACCUGUACCUGUUCAAACCUUCUGGACCCGUGCCAAGGCAUGAUAAGGAUGCCUUUGCAAGAAAUUGAUAAAGUUGGGGGUGAAAGUGGUGGAGGUCAUCACUCAGAGGCCUUGGAAAAUAUCCCCAGCACUGAUGCAGGUGAAACUAUAUUGCUGUCCCUCCCUCCAUCAAACAACAUCCCAUCAGAAAGGGAUGUCAGUGUCCCAAAUGAGAUGGAAGAUAUUGGUGUGAAGAGUACUGGUGGCAUUUUGAAUGAGGUAGAUGAGGAAAAUGAACAGGAGAAGUUAACUGGGAGCAACAAAGGAUUUGCUGAUGCAGGGCAAAAUACAUCUCAGAUAGAUGACACAGUGCUAGAUCAGGCUGAACCAUUGACAAAUAACUUGCAGGAAGUAGCUGCUGAUCAGAGUGAUGUAAAGGAGAUAGAAUGCCACAUUAGUAGCAAUGUCAGUCAGCAGAAUGAAGAAGAGGCAGAAGCAUUCACAACUAAAAAGCCUCUGCAGUUCAGGAAUGAUGAACUCUCCUUUGGUGAAACUGAGUCAGAGUCUGUUGUAGAUGUAAGCCUUAUUUCAGGGUCAGACAGUCUUUCAUCAUUAAAACCUCUGAAGAUCAAGAAACGAUCAAAAAAGAAGAGCAAUAAGGUUGUGAGGGAUGGGAAGGAUUCUGACUCAUCUGUGUCAUCCAAGAAGAAGGGAUCUAGUCGCAAGAUACUAGUCAAGUGUAAAUUUUCUCCUGAAGGUCUCAAGUAUAUUGAAGAUUGUUUGAGAGGACACAUAUUUUCUGGUUGGGUGGAGGAACGGAAAUGGAUUGAAAAUCUAGGUAGUUAUAGAGACAUUAUAGAGGUGGAUGAGUGGGAGACAGACCUAAGCAAGCAGUUGAAUAUCAUUAUCAGGAAAAUUCCAGGUGUUCAAGAAAGUACAAAGUGGAUUAACAUAACACCACCUUCUGCUGCCCAGCCUAGCUACUGUUUGUGGGUUUUACUUGAAGAAGCACCCAUUCCUGGUCACUACUGGUUUGUCAUAACUAGUGUUGGUGUGCAGUCACUUUUUGGUCUGAAAAUUUCACUGAGAAUUAUUAGGAGCAUCCAUCCUCAAGACUAUGAGGAAGCAGAGACCCGCAGCACAAGGAGGAAGCAGUUAGCAUCAGGUGAACCAGGCAAGGAGAUGCAGGCAAUCAGCCAGCAGUUUGCUGAUUGGUGGGACCAAGCACAGCAGCUAAACUUUGCACUGGUCUGGUCUGCCAUUGCUACGACUUUCACUCUUAGCAACAUUCGAGAUGCUAUCAGAUUCUUGAUAAUACUGAUUGUCACACUGACAGUUGGCUUGAUGACAUUCUUGAGAGAAUCACAUCAUGUGGUGCUUAGAGUCAUUCAUGAAGCAGGGAUAUUCCUCCACAAUGUGACCCCAUUCCUCCAGUCUGUAAUGUCAUUCAUGGAGAAGAUCCUAGGUGGCUUGUAUUUACUACUCGCCAUGGUGUAUAGGGACUGGAGACGAUCAAGUGCUCCACCUCCACCAUCAUUCCAGGGUCCGAGGCAGGCACCCUUGCCCAUCAUGCCAAACAUUGCUCCUUCACCUGCUUACCCUCCAGCUGGGCCAAGAGUGGUUAAGUAUGUAGCACCAGAACAGUGGGUAUAUAAAAGGCAAGAUAAUGUUCAGCUACCAAAUUGAAAAAGAAUUCUAUCAAGAAUUGUUUUCUUGACUCCAGAAUGGUGUUAGAUCAAGGUGUUCAGAUGGUAUUGAAAAGAUUUUAUUUUCUACAUUUUGAAAAAUUGGAAGUAUAUUUAAAUUUUUAUGUACUACUUUUUGCUUUUUAGGUAAGAUGAUUUUCUGAUAGAUUGUUAUGGAUAUAUAUGUAACUAUGCUCACAAUGGAUAUAUAUUUGAUGGUACUAAUCAAGAUAUAACGAUAGUCAUUAUUAUUACUUUUAGCAACUGCUUCAUCAGUUGAUAAUAAGUUAUUAUUCUAGUCUUUCAUUCUUUUUUUUCUAGUAAGAUAGAACUUUAUACUACUAGUCACCUAGGCUUAUUGAAUUAGGAAACUUCAAAAUACCAAAUUUCCAAGAAGAAUGUGAUAUAUUUACAUUUUUAUAACAAAUUGUAUUAUUUUAUUUUUAACUUCCCCUGCUCAUUAUGCAUAGGAAACCGUGAUAUAUAAAAGUAAAAAAGUGCCUUUUCAUAUUAAAUUUACCAUUGUGCCUGAUUAUGAAAAUAGUUAAUUUACUAAAGUCCUGAAAAAUAAAGGGGUGACAAAUUUUAAUGUAUAUGAUGUUACUGAGACUGAUGCUAACUAUUUAUUAGCCAUAAAAAGUGGUAGUGACCUCUGCCAACUUAUAUUCAGUAUAGUAGCUGCUUAAAUGGGAGGUUAGUUGGUUGGUUGACUAGAGAGUGUUUAAUAAUAGCUUAAUCCUCAUUGUAGGAUAAGGUGCAUCAUUGCCUUAAGAAAUUUUGAAGCAUUUGUGGAAUGACCUAUGUGAAAAGAACUAUUGGCAAUAUCUCCACGUACAUUGGUAGA